AUGAUGGGAUAUAUUUCCGAAAACGAGGCUACUCAUUUUACAGUGAAUGAAACCCGCUUCCGACUUUUCCACUCCAAAAAAAUCAUAAAAUUCUCCAAAACUCGUAAACUUUUGGGGCUGAAACUUUGCCAAGUGGAAGAAUAAGCUGUCUUUGACCGAGGCACAAUGUCAGGUAGGGGACGGCGGAAGUCCAACGUCGUGGGAGAUUCCUCGCCACAGGUCGGCACGUCGUCGUCUCGCACGGGACGCCAGGUGAAGCGUAAAGCGCAGGACGACAGUGAUGCGCCGGAGGGGAAGCGAUACAGGAAGUGCGAGAAGGCAGGAUGCUCCGCGACCUACCCCAUUUGUUUUGCUUCGGCCACUGACAGGUGUGCAGGAAAUGGCUACACAUCCAGGUGGUACCAUUUAUCCGCGGGGGAGCAUUUCUGCAACGAGUGCUUCGAAUACUUCUACCGAAGUUACAAAGACGGCUAUGACAUAUACACCAACUGGAAGCGCCAGUGGACGUCCAACGGGAAGAGCGAGGCGAGCAUCAAGGCGUUCAUCGCGGACCAGAAGAUCCCGUACUGGGUCCAGUGUACGCGGCCGAACUGCGGGAAGUGGAGACAGCUGUCCAAGGAUAUGGACAUCACCUUAGAACUACAGCAGAGAUAUGUGUGCGGGAUGACAGCCACUGGUAUAAAGAGUGAGAAAGACCUCUGCAGCACACCAGAAGAUUCGAGAGUUGAGUUGACCCGUGAGUAUCACUGGUUGGAGACCCUGAUCCUACCCCCCCUACUGAAGAGGAGCCCAGCUGCACCCUUCCUCACAGAGUACUACCCUGACGGGGUCGGACUUAGCCCCACCAGUGCCCCCCCUCCCACACAGAGGGGCGGCAAAUCCAAGGUCAAUGGGUCAAAAGGUGCUGAAGACAGUGAUGAUGAAGACCAUGUCCCUAAUAUUCCAGGACUGUGCCCGUAUUUCCAGCCCUUCUACCAGCCCAACGAGAACGGUAAAGCGCUGUGUAUCCGCCCUGACGUGAUGGAAUACGACGAGGUACAAGAGUUCCCAGAGUUUGGAAGGGAACAAACGCUCUACCUGGCACUCAGGAACCUCACUAUAGCACUCUGGACUCUUAACUGUAAGGAAUUUCUGACCCCUCAGAAGUGUGCGGGCCACGUGAUUGUGCGCGGGCUGGUGAGGAUACGCUGUGUACAGGAGCUGGAGCGUAUCGUGUGCUUCCUGUCCAGGAAAGGGCUCAUCAAUACUGGACUUCUCAAGGACCCGCCAGGGGGCGCUCUUCUACCCAAGGACUUUGAUGCUGGUACAGUAGUUGUUAUAGGAGCCGGACCAUCAGGCCUUGCUGCGGCUAGACAACUUCACAACUUUGGCACAAAGGUGAUAGUACUGGAGGCCCAGGACAGAGUAGGAGGCCGUGUGUGGGACGACCACAGUCUGGGCUCAUGUGUGGGCAGAGGGGCACAGAUAGUCAACGGCUGUAUCAACAACCCUGUAGCUCUUAUGUGUGAACAGGCUGGGUUGAAGAUGAGAAAAAUGACGGAUCGCUGCGAGCUGUUUGAAGAGAGCGGGGAGGCUGCAGAAUCCUCCAUGGACAAGAGAACAGAUUUCCACUUUAACGCUAUGCUGGACGCAGUGGCUGAGUGGAGAAAAGAUCAAGACAACACACAGGAUGUACCAUUAGGAACAAAGCUCGCAGAAAUGCACAAAUCUUUUGUCAAAGAAACAGGCCUCACAUUCACGGAGGCUGAAACCAGGCUGAUGCAGUUCCACAUUGGUAACUUGGAGUACGCCUGUGGUUCCGAUCUAAAACAGGUGUCAUCAGUAAACUGGGACCAGAACGAGAUGUUUGCCCAGUUCGCGGGAGAUCACACGCUCAUCGGAGACGGCUACGGGAUCCUCCUACAGAAACUGUCAGAAGGACUAGACAUCAGGCUCAACCAGGAGGUAACACAUAUAGACUACACAGGUGAAGAGAUUGUGGUGAAAACCAAGUCAGGAGAGUACAAGGGCAGUAAGGUCCUGGUAACCUUGCCGCUAGCCGUCCUACAGAAGAACGUAGUGGACUUCAAGCCUCCACUGCCUGACAAGAAAGUGAAGGCCAUCCAGAGCCUGGGAGCCGGGCUAAUUGAGAAGGUUGGUCUGAAGUUCCCUAGUAGAUUUUGGGACUCCCGUGUCCAGGGUGCGGACUUCUUCGGACACAUCCCGCCAACGGAAGACAAGCGUGGACAGUUUGGUGUGUUCUACGACAUGACACCUUCGUCUAAGCAAGCUGUGUUGAUGACAGUGGUAAGUGGGGAGGCAGCACACCACAUCUCCAAACUCAAGGAUGAGGAGGUCAUCGACCUCUGCAUGAAGGCACUGAGGGGCAUGUUCCCAGGACAGAAAGUGCCAGACCCUAUUGGUUAUUUCGUCACCCAUUGGCGGACCCACCCAUACGCACAGAUGGCGUACAGUUUCGUGAAGGUCGGUUCAACGGGCGAGGCGUACGACACCAUCGCAGAGGAUAUAGACCAGAAGGUGUUCUUUGCAGGGGAGGCCACCAACCGACACUUCCCGCAAACCGUGACAGGUGCGUAUCUCAGCGGGGUUCGAGAAGCGAGCAAGAUCGUUGAGCAGCCAUUGUCAUGAAGACUGCUCUUGUUGUUAGUCAUUUCUUCUUAUGCAUGAAGAAAGUGCAAAAAUGUGUGCUUAUUUGAGGUGGUAUCUCACUGCACUAGGGGCACUGGUGUGGCACUGCGGUGUAUGAUAGAGACAAAAAACUAAUUUUCUUACGUUUUGUGUAUUUUGUUGUCUGCUAAGUUAUACUUUUAUGUAUUACGCAAUAUCUAAAUUAUAAGAAAUUGGUGAAAAUAACACAACAGUGCCGCAGUGAAUAAACCCUGCAGUGCCACACCGGUGCCCCAAGUGCAGUGAGAUACCACCUUUACCAUUGUUAGUUCAGAUUGUAUAUAUUGCUUGGUCCAAGACCUCAUAUUUGUUAACUAUUAAGCGCCUUUUCCGCCUUGUCAUUAGAGAAAGUGUCUAGGAAUAAAGGAACGGAAAGUUUUGUUCAAACAAAGCCAGUAAAAGACUGCCAAAGGAUGCAUAGCUUCAAGUGAAGCAUUCGGAACAGAAAACGUAAGUUUCUGUGAACUUUAAGAAAGUAAACAUUUCUGCAAACUAGGUAUUAAGUGAAAGUAGUAGAAAACAAAGUGCAAGUUUCUGCAAUUAUUGAAGUGAAACUUUGUAGAACUUUCAGGAAACUAAGUAAAAUGAAAGUUUCUGUAAACUUAAAAAAGUAAAAGUUUCUCACUGCAAAGUAGGUUAGGGAAAGUUUCAGCAAACCAAGCGAGUGAAAGUUAUUGCAAGCAAGGGAAAGUUUAAGCAGUCUCAGAAGGUAAAUGACAAAUUGCAAGUAUUGAAAACAUGCUUUUUUUUUAAUCUCUGACUCUGCAUGGUAGAGUAAUGAAAAUGCAAAAUCUCAGUAUUUUGUUUCAUUUUAAUGGAGUGGAGAAAAUUUAAGGAUGGAAGAAAAGUAAAGAAGCAAACAGCAAAGAAAUUUCUCAAGAUAUUAUUUAUCAUUUCUCAGUAAAAGAGUUCCUUGCUUUAAAGUGCCAGUGAAAUGAAAUGUCUUCUUCAAAAGUUGAUCUUUUCUGAAAAUAUCUGAUAUUAUCUAAUCUUUGAAUCAAUUGUCUACUGUGUGCUCUUUAUGGGACAGUUAGGAACUUGUUGGACAUCACAGACAGUUUCACACAAAGCAGAAAAGGCCUUGAAUGCCGAAGAUGUAUUACUUUGUAGAAUGUCACUGUCGUGUGACCAGAAAUUUUCCUCGUGUGAAUGGUUUUUUUUACAAUGUUAGAAUCCCAGAAUAUUCUGUGUAUCUGAACAGAAAGCUGACGUACAACCAGAAAUUUUCCUUUUGUGAAUCGGGCCCUAGCUUUACAAGUCUGUGUUUCUCUCGCUAUCUUUUAUAAUCUCUCGCCAGCUGGGGUUGAUGCCCACUCCCCUAGGUGGUUGCAACUGUAGGGCCAGCUGCUAGGAGUCAGGGGUGCCUAAGCAUUUGCACGAACCCUAUGAAAUUUGUACGAAUAUUAUGUGAUACACAUGA